AUGGCAGCCUGGAUCCCCCUGGUAUUCGAGAUUUUUGGCUGCAUCAUCAUCAUCACCCUGAAGCUCAUCUUUGACCACACACGCCUGGGGCGCCGCGCCGCGCCCGAGGGCGCCCGCGCCGGCAGCGACGACGGGUCAGAUGCAUCAGAGGCGGCGCAGGCUGCAGCGCAGCCUGUCAAGCCGUCGGCCGACGCCUGCGCCUGCCCCCACUGCGGCAGGGCGGGCGAAGUCAUUGUCCAAGUCAGGCCCUCGGCGGCCGCAGGGGCCGAGGCUGUCUGA